CAAGUUAAUGAAUGAUGGAUAAAUUUACGGGGUUUUUUGACUUUCCAACCACCGCGAGCGGUUAGUGAGCAGUUGGUCGGUUAAUUAAUUGAGGGUUAAUUUUUUGCUAGAAUUCUAACUGCGCAGUUUAUGUCCUUGGAGGGAAAUGGCGGUGCAGGGGUCUUCUUCUUGUUCUGGGGGCGAGGGUUGGUCCGAAGGGGAAGAUGACGUGUUUUAUGGGCAGAAUGGGACGGCAAGUUCGAACGUUAAUGGGACAGGGAAUAAUUAUAAAUUUCUAGGUCGACCUUGCGGCAUAACAACGUUUGGCGAAGAAGUUGUCGAGCAUGACGUGACAAUUCGGAUGUUGGCGAAGGACCUUGAGAAGACUAGAGCACAGAUUGUCGAGCAUUUAAUGGAUAACAAUCCCCCCGGCACGGACUAUUUGGCCAAGCGAUUUGUCGUGGCUCAUUUCAACUUUUAUUGUGCUGACAGCGCUACAAAUCCGAAGUAUGUGAUUCCAUCGGAAGUUGCUUUUCGAGCGUUUUCUUUGCAUGAGGGACUGAUCUCGAUCGACAAAUGUGUCAAGACGGCUGGUCUGAUUGAUACAGGAAUUGUCCCGAUUGGAAUGCGUGCUGAAGCGAUGCAGACAGCCAAGUUGUGCAGUAUUCCGAUGCUUGGAGAAGGCUUGAUUGCCAAAAAAACAGUGCCAGAGUUGGCGGAUUGUGAAAUAUGGAAUGCCAAGGAGGCACUAGAAAAUGUGCGAGCAAUUGUUGAGAAGUAUGCUCCAAUGAUUGAUGGGAAAAGGUGGCUUUUUGUCACUAGAAAACACAUGGCGGUGGCGGAUCGUUGUCUUAAGUAUUUAAAGGUUCACGAAGAGGCCAAAGCUCCAGCGGAUGACGAUUACAGGAUAAAACUUGCCCCACUGAGCUUGCUGAUGCUGGAGUUAAAAAAACUGUGCAUCCACGUCACUCCCCACAUUCCAAACGUUACCAGUGAGGGUCAAAUAGAACGAAUCAUUGAGCAUCCACAGUUUGAUUAUUGUGCCGAAUUAGGGUGCCAAUGGCAUUCUAAGUGCGAGAACGUCGAGGCUGUCGACCGAUGCACAAACAAUAUCGUAAAACGCAUGAUCUACAACUUUAUGGGGUACGUCCGAAAGACUCAAGGACUCGUCGUCUACCAUCCAUUCUUCAAACCGUAUCUGAUGCAAGUGGACGUCGUCGAUCACAAAGCCGUCGCCGAGCUGAAGAAAGGUAUCGAGCGCGACAUGCAGUUAGCAUCGCGAAGAAGGAAUGAUUUGAAUGGAGAAGAAGAACCAAAGUGGGAGCCGCGAGGACGAAGAGGUGAAAGGAAUGAUAUGAAUGGAGAUGUUAAGUGGGAUCCACGAGGACGAGGAAGAGGACUGCGAUAACUAUUACUUAUCACGAAUGGAAAUAAUUUGACUUUGACAAAUAACUUGACCCACCUAAAUUAGUGUUAAUUAUUUUAUGGUUACCCAUUUUUAGAAAACGUAGACAUUAGUUUUAAGCACGUAGAAUAAUGUUUUGACUCAGGAGAAGUUGUGAAGGUGACGAAGUACCUGAUUUUAUGCUGUUUGGAUAUUUUGUUGUAUUCGGUGAGUGUACGAAAAGUUAAGUUUUAUUGCAUGGUUCCAUCCCAUUUGCGCUCACCGCACCGUACCUCUUAAAGUUAUUAUAAGUACUAAACCCCUGUACAAAAAACCUGAUUUUAUUCCGAUCUUGAUAAUUUUCAGAUUUUCCUGAGUUGUGUUAUCAUAUUCCACAACUUACAAUUAGUGAAACUCAAUUUAUAAAAAUUAGUAUUUCUGAAAUUUCCUGAUCUCGUAUGACUUCGAAAAAAAUCAAACUUUCAAAAAAGUAUAAACACCUUUUAAAAAAAACUUUUGAUAUUCGACAUCAUAAAGCAACUAUCUACGAUGAAGUAAAUACAAAAAAUUUUCAAAAUUGAAUUUUUAGUGAUGGUUUGAACGAGGACAACAGGGAUUUUUUCUGUUUUGAGGGACUUCUAACCAUGAUACCAUAAUUUUUAAAAAAUUCUAGGACGACAUACAUGAUUGAGGAAAGUAAAUCUUUUUAUUUUCGAUAUUCGUGUCAUCAAUACUUGAAAUUAAAAAAUGAAAAAAAAAUCAAAAUUUUCGCUCAAGAGAAUUACAGUAAACUCUUGUAACGUCAGAAGUAUCUCGCCCUGUAAUAAUAACUUUGUACCAAAGGUGGAGAAUAAGCGGACAAAAUAGAUACAUAACUUAAAUAUAAGUUUCCACCAAUGGUGGAAAAUAAGCGUGGAAAAUAGAUACAUAACUCCAUUGGUUUUCAUGGGCUCAGCACCCAUGAAAACGAAUUAUAUAGUUCUUUCUUCGAGUCUUAUUAAUGUUUGUUUAAUGCCAUCAUUAGAGUUGACCAGUUGUUUUCCAGUGUCCUGAUCUAUGAUAUCAGGAUAUUUUCUGACAAAUAGACUUUAGAGCGAGUGUGGCGAGCUUAAAUGGGAGGACAUCUCCUGUUACUACAACAUAUCCAAAAAGCAUCAAAAUCAGGUAUCACAACCUAUUCUACUGCCUGUAAACGAAAACGACCAAUUUUAUAUGACCACCUACUUAUAAUCUAAUUUUUCAUUUUGUUUUCCCCAUUUUUGUUUCUAAUUAUGAUAAAAAUACUAAACGACUUCAUUUGCAUAAAUGAUGAACUUAUACUUGUUAUGCCAUCAAAUUUAAAAAUAGUAAAGCUUGACUUUUUACUGCACUUAAAUAUCAA